CACGUACAGACUGACUAUUAACAUGUGUACAGCACAAUGCCAAUGAUGUUGCAAUAGUCGGCAUGUCCUGUCGAACUGCCGGUGGAAAUAACACCCCUGAAAAGCUCUGGAAGUUUCUUAUCGAACAGAAGCAUGCUUCUGGUGAAGUGCCCGGGAAGCGAUGGGAGCCAUGGCUGCGCAGAGACCCACGAAACGCGAAGAUUAUUGCGAACACGACUCGCAAAGGCUACUUCAUCGAAGAUCUGGAGAACUUCGAUGCGGCCUUCUUUGGUAUCUCACCCAAAGAGGCUGAGCUCAUGGACCCACAUCAGAGGCUUGCUCUUGAGCUCUCGUGGGAGGCUCUUGAGAAUGCCGGUAUCGACCCAAAACAAUUGUCCGAGUCUGAUACAGCUGUAUUCAUGGGUGUCGACUCUGACGACUAUUCGAGGCUGAUUAUGGAAGACCUUCCAAAUGUCGAAGCAUGGUCAGGGAUUGGUACUGCUUACCAUGGAAUUCCGAAUCGGAUCUCAUAUCAUCUUGACCUAAUGGGACCUAGUACCGCAGUCGACGCAGCAUGUGCCUCAUCGCUUAUCGCGAUCCACUUAGGCCAUCAAGCGAUUCUAUCAGGCGAAUCCUCAGUCGCUUUGUGCGGAGGUGUUAACGUUCUCUGUGCACCAGGGCUUACGUACAUGCUCGAUAAGGCCGGUGCGCUCGCGUCUGAUGGUCUUUGCAUCUCUUUCGACGAUGAUGCUCAUGGCUAUGCGAGAGGCGAAGGUGGCGCAAUCAUCGUGCUAAAGAAGUUGUCGAACGCUAUCGCUGACGACGAUAACAUCUUGGCGGUUCUCAAAGGAACUGCCACGGCGCAAGACGGGAAGACAAAUGGUAUAAUGGCACCGAACGCCAAAGCUCAGGAGAUGGUAGCAAGACAAGCACUCUCGCGAGCAGGUGAUAUUGACCCUUUGACGAUUGGUUAUGUGGAAGCACACGCAACCUCAACCUCACUGGGAGACCCAACGGAAGUGGGUGCCAUCUCGCGUGUCUACGGUGUCGGCAGAGAUGGAGGACCACCUUGCGCCAUCGGGUCGAUCAAGCCCAACGUGGGCCAUCUGGAGGCAGCUGCCGGGGCUAUUGGUUUCGUCAAGGCCGUCAUGGCAGUUAACCGAAGUGAAUUGGCGCCACAAACACUGUUGAAGAAGCUCAACACGCGCGUAGACUGGAGCACCUCGGGUCUUAAAGUUGUUGACGAAGUUUCCAGGUGGCCCGAGAUUGAGGGACCUCGUAGAGCAGCGAUCUGCUCUUACGGAUAUGGCGGCUCUGUAGCACACGCUAUUAUUGAGCAAGCUCCAACUUUCUACACACAUACCCGCGAGAUCGCCAAGAAAAGCUUGGGGCAAAUCGAUGAGCAGUUGGUGACACUGGUGCUAUCUUCUUUCCAGGAGAAACGGCUUGCGAACCAAGCUUCUCAGCUUGCAGACUGGCUAGCCGGCGACGGAGCGAAAGCAAGCUUGAGGGCUGUCGCUAAUACGCUUGCGCAACGUCGAGCUGCACAAGACUACCGCGUCGCUUUCCUGGCCAGUACCCAUCUUGAGGCUGUGCAAGCCCUUCGAGAGUUUGCGGCUGGCUCAGUCAGUCAGUGGUCAACCAGCAGUCGGAUUUUAGGAAAUGGAACUAAGAAAGACGUCGUCUGGGUCUUUUCUGGACAUGGAGCGCAGUGGCCUGACAUGGGGAAAGAACUUCUGAAUGAGACUGUCUUCUACAGGACGAUUGAGAACCUAGAGGCGCUGGUCGAUCGAGAAGCAGGUUUCUCCGCGUUAUCUGCAUUUCACACGGGUGAACUCGGUUCCGCCAGCAAGAUCCAGGUGAUGACAUAUCUCAUGCAGAUUGGGUUGGCAGAACUACUUCGGAGUCAGGGCAUAGAGCCUCAGGCCAUCAUCGGUCACUCGGUGGGCGAGAUUGCAGCCUCCGUUGUCGCGGGAUGCUUGACACCGGAAGAGGAGCUGGAACACUACAUGGAUGAAUUGGUCCGAAGGAGCAUCAAGACGUUCCGAGUCAAUACCGAUGUUGCCUUCCAUUCUCCCAUGCUUGAGAAAUUGGCCAAGCCCCUGAAAGCUGCCAUGGAACAUUCGAUCUUCCCUCGUCCUGCGACCAUCCCAAUUUACUCCACCUCGAGCAUCGAUCCACGCACCGAGGCUGUCCGCGACAUCGAAUAUUGGCUGCAGAACAUGAUUGAGCCAGUCAGGCUCAAUGAUGCUGUAUGUGCAGCGGCUGAUGAUGGUUACAGGAUCUUCUUAGAGAUAUCUGCUCAUCCUAUUGUUACGCAUUCAAUCAGCGAAAGUCUGGUGACACAAGGAUUGGAUGAGUCGGCCACAUUUGGAGUCAUGAAGCGCAACGUCUCAUCCAAAAGAACCUUGGCACAUGCUAUGGCCCAGUUAUACACAGCUGGCGCAUCCGUGGAUUUUGAGACCCAAUUUGGAUCGACCCAUUGGGCGCCAGACGUACCGGGUACGCCGUGGGUACAGAAACCUUAUUGGAAAGAGGUCGAAACCGGAUCUCCAGGUGCUCUACAGCAGCACGACACUGACAAGCACACGCUUCUGGGCCAUUAUACUGAUGUUGCCGGGGCAGGAACGCGAGUCUUUGCAACAAUUCUCGACGAAAGGACAAAGCCUUAUCCUCUCACGCAUCCACUUGAUAAUACGGAGAUCAUCCCUGCCGCUGUCUACUGCAACACAUUCCAUCACGCAACAGACGCCACAAUCUUGAACGACUUACAACUGCGUGUUCCUACUCCUAUGACCGCAGACCUGCGUGAAGUUCAAGUUGUCGCCCAGGGCAAUUCGCUACAUCUUUACUCACGCUUGAAAUCUUUAGAAGAGACUACUGAUGACUCGAGCCAUCCCUGGCUGGAUCACAGCUCCUGCAAGUGGAUUCAAGACGAUGUGACGAUUUAUCACAAAACGUAUGAUAUCGAUUCCAUCAAAGCACGCAUAGGGACUGUACUUCCUAAUGGGUUCGCCUGGGAAUUCUUGCAGAAGAUAGGAGUCUCAGGGAUAGCAUUUCCAUGGGCCGUCAUCGAGCACUAUGGAAACGACAAGGAGAUGAUUGUCAAGAUGGACAUGGAUCCUGAACAAGAUACACUGACUUGGGAUCCCACCUCUUGGGCUCCAUUCCUAGACGCUGCCACAUCCGUUGGGUCCUCGAUUUUCUUCAACAGCCCGAAGAUGCGCAUUGUCUCUGGUAUCGACCAAGUCCAGUUCAUAUCAAAGGAGCCGCCGCCAAAGGUCGGGUACCUGUAUAUUGAAGAAGCCAACGAUCUGAAGAGCUUGGCUGCAGAUAUCAGUGUCUUGAACGAGCAAGGCGAACUCCUGGCGAAAUUGAAGGCGAUGCGUUUCUCGGAUGUUGAGGCAGCUUCAGAUCGGACUACAGGUGUCGAUGCGCUGGUGCACCAGCUCGCAUGGGUGCCACCUGUGUUUUCGGAGAGUCCCCUGUCCAUCAACCACGUUUUGCUUGUAUGCGAUGACGAAGAGUUGUCUCAAGCCUACGCAGAUGAUCUUCAGCAAGUUGUCGCGAAUCCACUGCUUCACAUAGCUUCAGUCGAUGACCUGAGCGAUACAGGGGUGUCGCACCUAUUGAGCAAAAACGGCGUCAUCGUAGUCUACGCCCCCGGUAAUGUCCGAUCAUGGGAUGUGAUCGGUGAUCGAGCGCACAAGUUCACUUGGGAGGCAACUCGUCUCUUGCAGCACCUCUCUACUCUGCCUACUACCCCAAAACUGUUCAUUGUCACGAACAGCGUCUAUCAAGCCUCGACACCCACAGCGCUCACGCAAGGACCGCUAUAUGGCUUCGCACGAAUAGCGGCACAAGAACAUCCUGAGCUAUGGGGUGGACUAUUGGACAGUGAGGGAACGAGUUUUCCUACACUGGCUCUCAAGUAUGUCCAAGAUCAGGACGUAGUCCGUGUUCAGGAUGGACUGCCUCGAAUAGCCAGAAUGAGGCCCUUCACCAAGGCCCAGCGACAUCAGUCUGACUAUCAGCGUACGUUGCUACCCAAGCCGCAAGGCACGUAUGUCGUAACUGGUGGCUUCGGCGAUCUCGGUCUGGAGGUCCUAGACUUCCUCGUCGAGAAAGGCGCACGUCGCAUCGUGGUGGUGUCGCGUAGCAGCCUUCCACCUCGGCGUGAGUGGGCAAGGGUGGAUGGCCGAGUGAAAGUCAUCACGGACAAGAUUCAGCACUUAGAGAGCAAGAGCGCAAGCAUAUACGGUAUUUCAUUGGAUAUCAGCAUACCAGAUGCAGACGCCCAGCUACUUGCAGCACUUGAUCGCCUCCAUCUCCCGCCUGUGCUUGGUGUAAUACACGCGGCUGGCGUGAACGAGGAUGGUCUAAUCAAAGACACAACAUCCGAGUCUUUCUCCCGAGUCUUUGCUCCCAAGGUUGCCGGUGCACUCACGCUGCACAAGCUGUUCCCGCCUGCCACUCUCGACUUUUUCGUCCUGUUUUCUUCCAUCGGCCAGCUUGUUGGUACCUCGGGCCAGGCACCCUACGGCGCGGCGAAUGCUUUCCUCGACGUACUCGCCACGAACCGCAGGAAGCAGGGCGACAACGCCAUCGCUAUGCAGUGGACAGCCUGGCGAGGGAUGGGGCUGGCGGCAGACUCCGAGUUCCUGACGGUGGAGCUGAGCAGCAAAGGCAUCACCGACAUUACUCGUGAUGAAGGGUUUCAGGCGUGGCAGCACUUGGACAAGCACGACACUGACCACGCGGUCGUGACGCGUGCGAGGAUCCUUGACGCGGAAGAACCGGUUCCAUUCCCGCUCGUGACGGAGAUCGCGCCCCGGCGUCCUCGUCCUGCCAUGUCCACUUCGGAUGGUGUGACUGCGAGCGAUGGCAAAACGGCGCACCCAACCUCAGGACCCGAAUUUAAAGCUUGGCUUAGCACGAAGAUCCGUGAGUGCAUUGGCGCAGUGCUGCACAUGGACGUGGAGGACAUUGAUGUCCGAGCUGCGAUUGCAGAUCUAGGGGUCGAUAGUGUCAUGACUGUUUCGCUGAGGCAGAAGUUGUUGAGUGUCUUGGGCAUCAAAGUGCCUCCUACCUUAUUGUGGAAGGAGCCGACGGUAGGUCAUCUGGUUGAAUGGUUCAAGGGAAAGAUGGAGGUGAGCGGGUAG